CAAUGCAAGAGAUGGGGAUGGAUGAGCAAAGCCUCUUGCAGGAGCUUUUUGCUCCAUGGAGGCAGACAUCUGAGCCCAACUGCUUCCAAGGGGGAGUUGACUGCUUCCAAGGAACUGCUUGCCCGGUCUCACCGAAUUAUGCUGCAUUCGAAGAGCUAGUCUUGCAGGAGGAGCCCAACUUUGAUUGCCUGAAUGAAGUCUACCGUCCAUUUGGAAGUGGCUUCCACUCAACAGCACCAGAGCUCCAGUCCCCAUGCACCAUGAUGACGCAUAGCACCAUUUCUUGCUCAACUCAGGAAAAUGAAGAGAUUGGUGUGAUCCAUGAAGGAAACCACAGCACUUGGUAUCAGGGGCAGAGCAUAUGGAAGGUAGAGCCAAUGCAAACUAUGGAUAAUCAUUUAGUCUUUGGUGGCACAGGAUCUUCUUGUCUGGAAAGAAAGAAUAGCCGGCUGAAGAAGGUGGACGGCCUGCCGUCGAAGAAUCUAAUGGCAGAGAGAAGGAGAAGGAAGCGGCUUAAUGACCGGCUUUCACUGCUAAGAUCCGUUGUUCCUAAGAUCACCAAGAUGGACAGGACAUCAAUCCUUGGAGACACCAUUGAUUAUGUGAAAGAGCUUUUGGAAAGGAUCAAGAGCUUGCAGGACGAGAUUAAAGUGGGUCAAGAUCAGUUGAAUCUACUGGACACCUUCAAUGGUGUCAACCCCAACGAGAUGUUGCCAAGAAUCUCUCCCAAGUUCAAUGUCGAAAGGAGGGAACGGGACACCCGGAUAGAGAUUUCCUGUGCGGCGAAGCCGGGAUCGUUGCUUUCUACGGUAUAUACUUUGGAGGCUUUGGGGCUAGAGAUCCAACAGUGUGUUGCAAGCUGCUUCAGUGAUUUUGGGAUGCAAGCUUCUUGCUCAGAAGACAAGGAGCAGAGGGCAUUCAUAAGCUCUGAAGAGAUGGAGCAAGCAUUGUUCAGUACUGCUGUUUAUGGGGGAAAAUAUGUUUAGGAGAGAGUAACAAUAUGGGGAACAUAUUUUUCUGUUUAAACCAUUUUAAGAAGCUUUAGAGUGAGAAUUCCAUCAGUAUGAGAGACUUUUGUGAUAUUUAGUCGAGUCCGGGAAGACCUUCGAUGAGAGGUUAACUCUUUGCUUCUGUUAGGGGGAAGACUACUGAUGAGAUUGUGAUAAGGGAUGGGUCUUCCAUGUAGUUAGAG